UCGACCGCAGUUCGGUCCUGACGGAAGUUUUAUGCACAAAAUGCUGGAGGAACCCAGCAGGCCAGACUGCGUCUAUGGAAAAGAGUAAACAGUACGCGUUUCGGGCCGAGGCCCUUAUCAGGACUGGAGGAAAAGAGAUUAGGAGUCAGAGUCAGAGGGUGCUGGGAGGAGAAGUUGCUCAGCCAAGCAUCGGGAUGUGGAUUUAAUCACUACCGAGGAGCAGUCCCCGACGGCAGAAAGAGACGAUGCUGCCUGGCCUGCUGAGUUCCUCCAGCAUUCUGUGCGUGUGUUGCUUCGAUUUCCAGCAUCGGCAUAUUUUCUCUUGUCUGUGGAUGAUGGAACGGAUGGUUUAGUGGCCAUAUUUGUGGAAGGUACAAAGGAUAUCAAAGGUGGACGAGUUGCGACUGGGUAUCUCAGACAGAAUAUCACAUCAGAUCGACACCCCACUCAGCUCCCCAGCACCUGAAUAUCAUCGGCCUGUGAACGUGGAAGGAGAGAUGCUGGUUUGUUUCACUUCAGACCCCAGGCAGUGAGGGCUGUUGCAGGGCACCGACCGUGACACAGCUGGGUAGUGAGACACUGUCUACAUGGGGAGGGGAGAAACCACUUUCAUGAGGUUUGUAGAGAAGCCGUGUAACUUCUUCCAGCCUGUGAAGGAGCGGGCAGUGAUCACUCCAGUGCAGAUUGGGAAAGGAACACCCACUGCAACGAGAGACCGUGUGUGACACGCUGGGGGAGGUGAGCUCACCUGAUCUGUGACUGGGAACGUGUUCACCACAUCCUUGUUUCUGCACCAGCGAAACAUUCCUUCUUUUGACUGAGAUAAACUUGAUCCAUUAUCCUGAGAAUAUUCAAAUCUUCUUUCCACCGGUUUCCAUUUGAGGAAAGUAAAUUAAUUUGGCCAUCUUUUUACGGACUGAUCACUGAGGUCCUGGGGAAACAUUGUCACCCUGACUCGGGCACAUGAAGAGACUCACUCAGCCAUCUCUGGGUAGCGGAUGUUCACCUGCUCUGCAUGCAGGAAAGGAUUCAGUCCCUCGUCCACUUGGUAACACACCAUUGAUUUCACACUGGGGAGAGGCCAUUCUCCGGCUGACUUCGUGGGAGGGGGUUCGACUGGUCGUCUGACCUCCUGACACAUCCUGACGGUGGCACAAGUGAGCUGGUGACCGGAUGGACGGCCAGCAGAUUCCUGCCGGGGAGAGGCCUUUCACCUGCUCACACUGCAGGAAGGGUUUCAACAGUUCCUUCAGCCUGCAGAGACACCAGCGAGUCCACGCCAGGGAGAGGCCAUUCACCUGCCCCGAGUGCGGGAAGGGCUUCACUUGGUCAUUUGAACUUCUGACACACCAGCGAAUUCACUCGGGGGAGAGGCCCUUCACCUGCGCCGAGUGCGGGAUGGGCUUCACUCUGUCGUCUGGCCUGGUGACCCACCAACGAAUUCACACCAGGGAGAGGCCCUUUACCUGUUCGGAUUGCGGGAAGGGAUUCAUUCGGUCGUACGAGCUUCUGGUGCACCAACGCAUCCACACCGGGGAGAGGCCGUUCACCUGCUCAGAAUGUGGGGAGGGAUUCACUCGGUCAUCUGUCCUUCUGAUGCACCAGCGAACCCACACCGGGGAGAGGCCCUUCACCUGCUCGGAGUGCGGGAAAGGCUUCACUUUGUCGUCUGGUCUUGUGAGGCACCAACGAAUUCACACCACGGAGAGGCUGUUCACCUGCUCCGAGUGCGGGAAGGGAUUCACUCUCUCAUCUGGUCUGGUGAGGCACCAGCGAAUUCACACCGCGGAGAGGCCCUUCGCCUGCUCCGAGUGCGGGAAGGGGUUCACUCGGUCGUUCGAGCUUCUCGUGCACCAACGAAUUCACACCGGGGAGAGACCGUUCACCUGCUCGGAGUGUGGGGAAGGAUUCACACGGUCAUCUGUCCUUGUGACACACAAACGAAUUCACACUGGGGAGAGGCCGUUCAUCUGCUCUGAGUGCGGGAAGGGGUUCACUUUGUCCUCUAGCCUUGUGAGGCAUCAACGAAUUCACACCGGGGAGAAGCCAUUCACCUGUCCUAACUGCGGGAAGGGGUUCACACGAUCAUCAGGGCUUCUGGCGCACCAACGAAUUCACACCGGGGAGAGACCAUUCACCUGCUCCGAGUGCGGGAAGGGAUUCACUCGGUCGUCUGUCCUUCUGACACACCAGCGAGUUCACACCGGGGAGAGGCUGUUCACCUGCUCCGAGUGUGGGAAGGGGUUCACUCAGUCAACUGACCUCCUGAGACACCAACGAAUUCACACUGGGGAGAGGGCCUUCACCUGCUCCGAGUGCGGGAAGGGGUUCACUCGGUCGUCCGAGCUUCUGACGCACCAACGAACACACACAGGGGAGAGGCCGUUCAUCUGCUCUGAGUGCGGGAAGGGGUUCACCCGGUCAUCCGAGCUUCUGGUGCAUCAACAAAUUCAUACCGGAGAGAGCCCCUUUGCCUGCUCCAAGUGUGGUAAAGGCUUCAGUCGGUCAACCGAGCUUCUGACACACCAACGAAUUCACAACAGGGAGAGGCCGUUCAUCUGCUCUGAGUGCGGGAAGGGAUUCACUCGGUCAUCUGAGCUACUGGCGCACCAGCGAAUUCACACUGGCGAGAGCCCCUUUGCCUGCUCUGAAUGCAGGAAAGGGUUCACUCGUUCAUCCGAGCUUCUGGCACACCAACGAAUUCACACCGGUGAGAGGCCGUUCACCUGCUCCGAGUGCGGGAAGGGAUUCACUCGGUCGUCUGUCCUUCUGACACACCAGCGAAUUCACACCGGGGAGAGGCCGUUCAAAUGCUCGGAGUGUGGGAAAGGAUUCACUCUGUCGUCUGGCCUUGUGAGACACCAACGAAUUCACACCGGAGAGAGGCCGUUCGCUUGCUCCGAGUGUGGGAAGGGAUUCACUCGGUUGUCUGUUCUUCUGAUGCACCACCGAAUUCACACCGGGGAGAUGCCUUUCACCUGCUACGAAUGUGGGAAGGGAUUCACUCGUUCAUCUGGCCUUCUGGCACACCAACGAAUUCACACCGGGGAGAGGCCCUUCGCCUGCUCUGAGUGUGGAAAAGGGUUCAUUCGGUCAUCCCAGCUUCUGGUGCAUCAACGAGUUCACACUGGAGAGAGGCCGUACACCUGCACCGAGUGCGGGAAGGGCUUUACUCGGUCAUCUGUCCUUCUGACGCACCAAAGAAUUCACACUGGUGAGAGGCCGUUCACCUGCUCCGAGUGCGGGAAAGGGUUCACUCUGUCAUAUGGCCUUCUGAGGCACCAACGAAUUCACACAGGGGAGAGACCAUUCACCUGCCCUGAAUGUGGGAAGAACUUUGCACUGUCAUCUCACCUGUGGUCACACCGAAGAACACAUACUAAAGGGAAAGUUUAAAUGUGCGGUACAUACGUGGGGCAUUUAAACACUGUAGCUGCUGAGAGAGCGGUGAGUUCACAAGUGACUGCAGGAACUGAUUCUGCAGUUAUUGUUGCUGUUGAUCACAUCCAGGUUUGGACCCCGGUUACUGGGCACAUUUGGGUUGUUUCCCCUGGGACUGCAGGUACAUUUGUCUUCUGCAUCGAUUAUAAAUAGAUCUGUUUUGUGUGAAUGAACUGGGCUUGAGGAUGUGAAGAGACUUCGAGGGGAUGCGGACAAGCUGAAGGAACAGACCAGAACUCAGCAGUGUCAAAUGUGGGAAAGUGGGAGGUCACCAACCUCCGUGGGAAACUCGCGAUGUUGAAGGGAUCACGGGAUGUUGGACGGCAGGAAAGUGGUGUCAGGUCACCGUCACUCAUGACCUUGCUGACUGGUGGGGCAGUUGGAAAGGCUGAAUGGCCUUUACCUGUGGUAAGAUGGUCACACAAAGCAGGGAGCACAACCCACUGAGUGUCCAGCAGCAUCCGUGGAGGCUGAAGUUGCCAGUCGACGCAGGGUCUUGAAAACGUAACAUAAACUUUCACUUUUAUCAUCCACAGACACUACUCAACCCACUGAGCUCUUAGAGCAUCCUGUUUUGUGGUUCCAGGGCCCAACACCUGGCUCGCUUGGGAAAAUGGGCAAGGAACUCGCAGGGGGAAGCUUAAGUCACAUGCAAGGUAUUGCAUUUUCAGAAGAUAAACCAGGGCAGGACUUGUACAGUGAAUGGCAGUGCCCGGGGGCACAUUGGAGAACGGAGUGACCUAUGUGUAUAGAUUUCCCUGACUGUGACAACACGGGUGGCUGGAGUGAGGAAGGCCUUUGGCUCACUUACCCUCACUGCUUGGGAGAUUGAGUGCAAGAGUCAGUGCAUCAUGUCACAACUGUAAGAUGUCGGUGAGACCACACUUGGACUGUGUGUACGGUUCUGGUCAGCUAAUUGUCCAGAAGGAUAACUUUAAGAAGACAAAGAUGCAAAAUAGAUUCACAGGGAAGAUACCAGGAUCAGAAGGCUUGAGUUAUAACCAGAUAGAGGAUAGAACAUACAACACCAUAGCACAGAGCAGGCCUGUUGGCCCUCAAGGUUGUGCCAACCUCUUAACUUACUCUAAAGUCAAUCUAAUCCUUCUCUCCUACAGAGAUCUCCAUUUCUCUAUCAUCCAUGUGCCUAUCUAGGAGUUUCUUAAAUGCCCCUAAUGUAUCUGCUGCUUCCAUCAAUGGCAGGGAGAUCCACACGCCCACCACUCUCUGUGUAGGGAACAAAAAACACUUUCCUCUACUGUUUUUCCCCCUGGUUAGGACAUCAUCUGUGGAAGUUUAUAAAGUGAUGAAGGGCAUAGUGUAAAACUAGAGGACAUUGGUUUAAGGUGUGUGAGAGAGAGAGAUUUAAAUAGCUCUCUAGGGGCAAGUUUUUCACUCGGAAGGAGGUGGGUAUCUGGCGCACAAUGUAGUGGAAGUCGUAGAUCAGGUACAAUUACAGUGUAUAGAAGUCAUUUGGACAGUUUCAUGGACAGGAAAGGUUUGGAAGGAUAUGGGCCAAAUGAUGAGUUGGGGUCGGCAACUCAGGCUGAAGGACCUGUUUCUGUGCCUCAAACCUCAGACGCUGUCUGACAUCUUUUGCGUCUUCACAAUCCAUUGGGAUGGGCACUGAGGUGGGAUGGGAAGGGUGGGAGUGCACACCCUCACCAACCUCAGCUUGACCUUUCAGGAUAGUCACAGGCCAGCUGUCCCCCUCAGUGCUCAGGGUGGGUGUGUUUUACCUCCCUGAUUGCCCCCUGCUGUGACCUUCCCCACCUCCCUGCCGAGGGGUAGGGCCACUCACAGAUCAGGACCAUUGGGACACACAUAGACCCCAGCUUCCUCUUCAUCUCACUGUAGUGGGGUGGGGACCUGCACAGAUCAGGCCCAUAAGUAUCUAAGCAACACACACAAAAUGCAGGAGGAACUCAACAAGCCGGGCAGCAUCUAUGGAACAGAGUAAACCGUCAAUGUUUCAGGCUGAGACCCUUCAUCAGGACUGGAAAAAUAGAUGAGGUCAGAAUAAGAAGGUGGGGGGAGAGGAAGAAGCACAAGGAUAGGUGAUAGGUGAAACCAGGAGAGGUGAAAUAAAGAGCUGGGAAGUUGAUUGGUGAAAGAGAUAAAGGGCUGGAGAAGGUGGAAUCUGGUUGGAGAGGGAAGAAAGGGAAGGGGGAAGAACACCAGAGGGAGGAGAUUAGGUGACAGAGGGAAACAGAAAUGAGGAAUGGUUGGGGGGGGGGUGCAAUUACCGGAAGUUUAAGAAAUUGAUGUUCAAGCCAUCAGGUUGGAGGCUACCCAAACGGAAUAUAAGGUGUUGCUCCUCCAAAGUGAGUGUGGCCUCAUCGUGACAUUAGAGGAGGCCAUGGACUGACAUGUCAGAAUAUCUAUAUCAAUAUUCUAUAUAUCUAUUCCUUCACCUGACAUUUCAAAGGACUAUGGUAUAACUUCAUCAUGGUGAUUGCACUUUGUUUUAUACCUGAGUUUUACCUGGGUGUCCUUGCUGGAUGCACCCUGUCUGCCAUAACAGUCCCCAUAAUCAUGCCUAGUGGUCCAUAGUUCCCAGGGUUCUCUUUCCAGCCUUCUUUAAUAUAGGUACAGCAUUUGUCAUCCUCCCAUCUUCCUGGACCUCCCCAUCACUACUGAUGCUAAUAUCUCAGCCAAGGAUCUCAUAGAUUCUUUUCCAGCUUCCUGCAGUGAUAUUGGGUAUACCUGAGCAUGCCCUGGAGAUUUAUCUACCUCGACAUAUUUUAUGACAUCCAGCACAUCCUCUGCUGUAAUGCAAACUAUCCCCAAGGUACCCCCAUUAACCCUCCUUGGAUCUGAAGUCUUUAUGACAUUCUCAGAAUCAGGUUUAAUAUCACUGGCAUAUGUCGUAAAAUUUGUUAACUUUGAGGCAGCAGUAUAAUAAUGAUAGAAAAAGGAAAUGGUGAAUUACAGUAAAUAUAAAAUAGUUAAAUUAAAUCAGUGGAGCAAAAAAUAUGAAAUAAAAAAAGUAGUGAGGUAGUGUUCAUGGGUUUAAUGUCAAUUCAGAAAUCAGGUGGCAGAGGGGAAGAAGCUGUUCCUGAAUCACUGAGUGUGUGCCUUCAGGCUCCUGUACCUCCUUCCUGAUGGUAACAAUGAGAAGAGGGCAGGUGCUGGGUGGUGGAUGUCCUUAAUGAUGGAUACCACCUUUCUGAAGCACUAUUCCUUGAUGAUGACCUGGAUACUAUGGAGGCUAGUGGCCAUGAUGGAGCUGACUAAGUUUACAACUCUCUGCAGCUUACUUCGAUCCUGUGCAGUAGCCCCUCUCCCCAGAUCGGACAGUGGUGCAGUCAGUUAGAAUGCUCUCCACAGUACAUCUGUAGAAAUUUUCAAAUGUUUUUAGUGACAUAACAAAUCUUCUCAAAUUCCUAAUGAAAUAUAGCUGCUGUCUUGCCUUCUUUAUAGCUGCAUCAAUAUGUUGGGUUCUAGAUAGGUCCUCAGAGAUACUGACACCUAGGAACUUGAAAUUGCACACCCUUUCCACUUCUGAUCCCAGUAUGAGGACUGGUGUGUGUUCCCUUGUCUUACCCAAUGGUAAAAGCAGUGGAGAAAUAUUCAGAAAGGAACUUGCUCUUCUCCUGAGGCUCCACACAAAGAUGUCCUCUUUGGUUUUGUAGGGGCUCAGCCUGAAACAUCGACUGUUUACUCCUCUCCAUGGAUGCUGCCUGAUCUGCUGAAUUCCUACAGCACUUUGUGUACCUCUCUCUCUACUUGCUUUCUCUUCAUUGGAUUUUCCAUAAUUUUCUCUGCCAUGUCCACUUUUUGUCCUCCUGAUUUCAAUUGUGUAUCCAUCCACCACUACAUCUCCUAUAGUCCUCAUGGGUUUCACUUGACCCCAGUUGUCUGUAACUAACCCAUGCCUCCUCCUCCUGACGAGAACCUCAUUAUCCCUCAUCAUUCAUAGCAACACACACACACACAGUACUGGAGGAACUCAGCAGGUCAGGCAGUAGCUAUGGAGGGGAAUAAACAGUUGAUAGUUCAGGUCAAGACCCUUCAUCAGGACUAGAAACAAAGGGGGAAGAAGCCAGAAUUGAGAGGUAGGGGGAGGGGCGAUGAAGUAGGAAGGGAGGUGUUGCAUGGAAAACAUAAAGGGCUGAAGAGGGAAUCAGAUGGGAGAGCAGGGUGGACCAUGGGAGAAAGGGAAGGAGGGCACACGAGAGUAGUGAUGGGUAGGUGACAAUAAGCGAGGGGCCAGAAUGAGGAAUGGAAAAGAGAGAAAGAGAAGGGGAGGGGGAGAAAUUACUGGAAGUUAGAAACAUUAAUAUUGAUACUGUCAGGUUGGAGGAUACUCAGACAAUAUGAGGUGUUGCUGCCUCAGGCUGAGGGUGGCGUCAUAGCAAUAGAGGAGGCCAUGUACCUUACCCAUCGUAGGUCCCUUCUCCAGCCACCCUUGCCCUUCACUCCAACAGGAACAUGCAGACCAGUAAGUCUCAAUUAAAAACCUUGAACUUUUAGGAGUCUCCUCACCAGGUGUCCCUUUCCCUGGAAAUAAUCUACCAAAUCAACCUUAGCAAGUUCUUGUCUAUUGAGCACGGUUAUGUAAUGGUUAGCAUAAUGCCAGUGACCUGGGUUCAAUUCCCACUGCUGUCUGUAAGGAGUCUGAUUGAAACAUAUAAGAUUAUUAAGGGAUUAGACACGCUAAAGGCAGGAAACAUGUUCCCGAUGUUGGGGGAGUCCAGAAGCAGAGGCCACAGUUUAAGAAUAAUGGGUAGCCAAUUUAGAACGGAGUUGAGGAAAAACUUUUUCACACAGAGGGUUGUGGUUCUGUGGAAUGCUCUGCCUCAGAAGGCAGUGGAGGCCAAUUCUCUGGGUGCUUUCAAGAAAGAGUUAGAUAGACCUCUUAAAGAUAACGGAGUGAAGGGAUAUGGGGAGAAGGCCGGCUAAGGGUGCUGAUUGUGGAUGAUCAGCCAUGAUCACAGUGAACGGUGGUGCUGGCUCGAAGGGCUGAAUGGCCUACUCCUGCACCUAUUGUCUAUUGAGUCUGUGUGUUCCCCCCAUGACCAUGUGGGUUUCCUGCUGGUGCUCUGGUUUCCACCCAUAUUCCAAAGGCAUAUGGGUUAGUAGGUUAGUUUGUCACAUGGUGUAAAUGAGUGGGGUGGGUUCAUUGGGCUGGGACUUCCUGUUACUGUACUGUGUCUCUGUAAUGUAAAUAAAAAUAU